AUGUACUAUUUAUACACAAAUUCACUCAUAGGCAUCGAAUUUUACAUAAAGCGCUUCUCCUCUCUCUAUACAGAUUCAAUUUUGGCGUUUCUUUCUUUCCUUCUUUCUUUCUUUCUUUCUUUCUUUCCUUUUUUCUUCCUUCUAGAUCUUUCUUUCUUUUUCAAGAUCUUUGUCUUUCUUUCUUUCUUUCUUUCUUUUUUCUUCUUCAAGGUCUUUCUUUAUCUGUUUUAUAUCUUUCUUUCUUUUAGAUCUUUCUUUUUACUUUCUUUCUUUCUUUCUUUCUUUCUUCAAGAUCUUACUUUUUUCUUUCUUUUUUCUUUCUUUCUUUCCUGUUCAUUAUCUAUCUAUCUAUCUAUCUAUCUAUCUAUCUAUCUAUCUAUCUAUCUAUCUAUCUAUCUAUCUGUCCAUAUCUGUCCAUAUCUAUCUAUCUAUCUAUCUAUCUAUCUAUCUAUCUAUCUAUCUAUCUAUCUAUCUCGGUCUGUCCAUAUCUAUCUAUCUAUCUAUCUAUCUAUCUAUCUAUCUAUCUAUCUAUCUCGGUCUGUUCAUAUCUAUCUAUCUAUCUAUCUAUCUAUCUAUUUAUCUAUCUAUCUAUCUAUCUCCCUUUUUCUUUCUUUCUUUCUUUCUUUCUUUCUUUCUUUCUUUCUUUCUUUCUUUCUUUCCCUUUUCGUCAUCAUUAUUUUUCUUUUUUCUUUCUUAACCAUUACUAAUUCAAUCUUUCUUUGCCUUUACUAUUUUUCUCCUUUUUCUUUCUUUCUUUCUUUCUUUCUUUCUUUCUUUCUUUCUUUCUUUCUUUCUUUCUUUCUUUCUUUCUUCCCUUCUUAUUUUCAUACUUUCUCAAUUUUUCAUUUCUACAUAUCCAUUAUUAUUCUUUCCUCCUUUCCUACUUUCCCUCCUCCUUCCUUUCAUAGCCUUUCUCCUCCUCCUCCUUCUCUCACUCACUUUCCUCUCCCUUCUACCAAAACAAGUCAAAAGGUGAUCCCUGAAUCUCAUUAUUUUUACUUUUUUCCCAACCAAUACCAAACGAUAUUUCGAGGCGUCGCCAAUCAAAACCCCAGUCGAGUAAAUAAGCCCGUUUAUUUAAAAUUUUCUUACUUUCAUUCAUUCAUUCAUUCAUUCUUUUUAUCUAUCUAUCUAUCUAUCUAUCUAUCUAUCUAUCUAUCUAUCAAAGUCUAUUUAUAUCUAUGUAAUUCAAUUCAUUUUUCUCUCAAUCUAUUCCUCUCUAUCUUACUACCUACGUACCGUUCUCCUGGCUUUUUUCUUCACUUCUUUCAAGCCAUUAAUAAUAAGCUUGCUAAUUAUCACGAUACUAUUUUCUUCUUCUUCUUCUUCUUCUUCUUCUUCUUCUUCUUCUUCUUCUUCUUCACAACGUUUUACCCUUGUCUUUCCUCUUCAUUCCUUACCCUUUUCUCUGAUUUUUUUUCCUUCAUUUCUUUUUCCUUUUCCUUUUCCUCAUUCUUUCUCCACUUUGCCUUUCUCUUCUCUUCCCUUUCAUCUUUUCCUCCAUUGCUCGUUCUCUCUCUCUCUCUUGUCUUCUCACUUCUCUACCCGAUUCUUUAUUCUAUUGUUUCUGUGUUUCUCUUCGGCAUUCAUUCUCCUCUUUAUCGCUCCGCUUCUCUUUCCAACUUUUUCUUCCCUUCUUUCUCUCUUUUUCUUCCUCGUUCAUUUUCCCGUGUGUAUUUAUUUCCCUCUCUUUCUUCCGUUAUUUCUCUCUCUAUCUCCAUCCCCUCCCCCGCUAAUCUUUUCGCUUCUUUUCUUCAGUAUUUCUUUAUUUUUCUUCGUUUUUCGUUUUUUUUCUUCCUCUUUUCUUUUCCCCGACACUCUUAUUUCUUUUUUCUUCUUCACGUCUCUUGUCCUUUGUUCUUCAAUUUUUGCUACACUUUUAAACAAACAGAUUUUUUUUUCAAUUCUUCCUCCAUUUCUUCGUCUUUCCUUCUGCUUCAGAACCGAAACAUUUCUUUCCUUUUCUAA